AUGGCUGCGGCGUUUUUUGGUGGCAGCAGGUCAGGAGAGGCGGAACGCGUUGAGUGCUACUUCAAGCAAUAUAGCCGAGAAGGCAUCCGCACUCCCAUUGUGAAGGCAGGCUUGUUCCGCUUGUCGAACUCGGGGUUACCCCACAAGAAACAUAAGUAA